AUGCAUGGGCCCAUUCUUUACCCGUAUUACACCUGUCUCCCCCCCUUACAACCACCUCCCCCCUCCUUACACCCGUCUCCCACCCGCCUCCCCCCUCUUUACACCCUUGUCCCCCUUCUUUACACCCGUCUCCUGUCUCCCCCCUUCCAUCCCAUCUCCCCCUGUCUCCUUACACCCCUCUCCCCCUCACACCAGCCUCCCCCCUACUUACACCCGUCUCCCCCUCCUUACCCCCGUGUCCCUCCUCCUUACAUCUUUCUCCCCCUCUUUCAGUCUCACCCCUCUUUACACCCAUCUCCCCCUUCUUUACACCCGUCUCCUGUCUCCCCCCUUCCAUCCCAUCUCCCCCUGUCUCCUUACACCCCUCUCCCCCUCACACCAGCCUCCCCCCUACUUACACCCGUCUCCCCCUCCUUACCCCCGUGUCCCUCCUCCUUACAUCUUUCUCCCCCUCUUUCAGUCUCACCCCUCUUUACACCCAUCUCCCCCCUCUUUACACCCGUCUGUCUCCCUCCUCCUCAUACCCGUGUCCCCCCUCCUUACACCCGUCCCCCCCCUCCUCGCACCCGUCUCCCCCCUCCUCACACCCGUCUCCCCCCUCCUCACACCCGUCUCCCCCCCUCUUUACAACCACCCCUUCUUUACACCCGUCUCCUGUCUCCCCCAUCCUUACACCUGUCUCCCCCCCUACACCUGUCUCCCCCCUCCCCUUACACCCGUCUCGUAUGA